GCGGGGGCGGUCAUACUCCGGCGCCCCGAAACGUGGUUUCUCCAUAAUGGCCUCGCUCCGCCCAGCGGGGGCGACCUCGGAGCAGGAAAACCGCGCCGCCGACCUCGAUCGAAGCCGGACGGCGGUGAGAGAGAAACUGCUGAAGGACUUGCUCAGCUCGGACGAGGACAAAGCCGGCCCUUCCCCGGCGGCCGCGCAUAAGAACGCGGAGGCUUCCGAGCAGCUGGACUCCCGUUCCGCAGCCGGGCCGCACCGCGAGCACGACUGCGACCCCGGCAACCCUUGUCCCCCAGCUUCGAGCAGUGCGUGCCCCUCGGGAAAAACACCUACGUCGCGGCUCCCGAACGAAGGCGAACUAUCUUCGUCCUCACGAUCAGAGAAGUCGCAACCCGCCGGGGUUCCUCCCCCGGCCGCAAUCGCCGACCGGCUCGAAGCCGCGCUCUUUGAGCAGAAUCCCGGCAGCGCCUACCUCCCCCGUGUAUCAAGGUGAAACGUGCCCGGCCCCCGGAAGUCGGGCAUUUUUCUGAAAUACAAAGUUUUUCAAUGGAUCUUUUCUUGCGGGAGACGACCAUCAGUCUGCCCGAUGUAGAUUCUAGGCGAGCAGAGUAUCUUCUGCAUGAUAAGCCCGGCUGUUGCCGGAUUUUUAUAUUUUUUGCAUAGACAGACUCUUGCUCUGCUGUAUCGAAAACUUGUGUAGAUGCUGCAUGCAACAUAACAAGUGUCCCCAUUGGAAAGCUUUGCGAUGUUGUUUCGCGUUCGGGGGUAGAGGCGUUUCUCAAUGCCAUAGCGUGCGCGCGAAGUCCUCGCGGGAUUGCGCCAGCCGCACCUGCAGCACGUCCGGAAGCAGCUGUUGUCAGGCGCGGUCGAUCCAGCCGUGGUGGCCGGUUGGGACGCGAAGAAAUUUUGGAAUCCGCAAAAGCGGCGCGCGGGGGCGGGGAAAGUGAACGGCAGCGAAGCAACGAGCGGUAGCGAGUCUUCUCCGGAUCUUGUUCGGGAAGCGAAUCGAAGUCGCGAAGAGAAUCGAAGUGGAAACCCUAGAGUCGAUUCAUCCGCAGAGGACCGCAGCGGGGGGACGAGCGGCAGGCAGCAAGAGGACCACGCCAAUCCGAAAGGGAGUGCGGUCGACGGGGAAAGCGACAAGAAAGCGCAGCAGAAGCAAGAAAGCCGGGCGCAGAAGAAGCGGAAGCACAUUCAGGAUAGCUUUCCGCACUUCGACCCCAACUUGGCCUGUGAACAGUGCGAAACUAUCGGAUAUCAACCGCAUGCGAAAACUUUACUUCUUUAUUAGGUGGCCUGCAGAGAACUACAUGACGCGCUGCUCGUUUCAAAAAUCACUUUGCAAGCGAGCAUUUUUAUGCUAUGGGGGCAACAUCCAUGUAUUGAUUCGUUAUUCGUCGUAUGGUCUUUCAGAUUCACGAAGUGGUUUUUUAUUUUUUGUGCAUACCGACGUCCGCUACGCGAUUCUACGAGACACGUGGAUGUGGCCGCGGUGUGGCGGUUAUCAAAUGCAAAAGUGUCUGGGUCUGGAAGGUUGCAAGGUUUGUCAUGCUAGUCUGGCAUGACUCUGCACUCUGUAUUGCGUGGCCACCAAGAGGCCCGCUUGCCUGUCAUGCAAGAGCGCAGUUUCUCAUGCGAAAUACGCAGCACAAGAGCACGAAAAAACUUGUCAUGCUUGGCGGUGCAUUACAGGGCACUUACUUUUCACGGACUUGCAUCAUAAGUUUCCAGACCCAGACAGAUUUGCAUUUGAUAGCGGCAGAGGCGGAAUGAUGUCUGCAGACACUGGGAGGACACUUAUCAUUCGGGAAAUACUAGAUUGAUAUCCUGUUUGUGAAGAUGCAGAGGUAUGAGAACGCGGAGAGCCUCGGGCGAGUUGACUGUGCCCAUAUCGCAUGGCUUAUGCUCAGGUUUAGUUUGCAUUCGUUUUUGCAUCACAAACAUGAUUAAAUCUUGUAUGUUUUGCCGAAUAACGUUAAUGCUGUAUUGCGAAGCUUGUCAGCACGAGGGCGUGCAUCACAGUUUUGCGUAAAUGAUAACACUUUAUGCUGUUUAAAUUAUAAACAAAGCAUUGGCAACGCAUUGAGAAAAAAACCAUAGCGCCACCGAGGAAAAACCAUUUGACAAAACAUGACACAACGUUUCGACAUGAAGGGUGCUCUUGCGAUAGCGAGCCGGCGC